AUGCUAAGAAUCAUCUAUGUGGUAUUAACUGAAUGCUUCAUUGGUUUACUUACCACGUACCUCCUUCACUUUGAGAUUGUAGAAUGCGAAAAUAAAUUAUUUCCCAUAUACAAAGUACUUCCACAUAUAAUAAGUAAUACAAAACUGCUUAAUACAAAGGAGCUUAAUCGAAAAGCACAAAAGAAAUAUUUAAAGAAAUAUUUAUUUUUAUCAAAAAACUGUUUUUCAAAAAUCAACGAUUCAACAUCAAGUGAUCCAAUUUUAAAAUACCACAAAGGAAAUAGUGUGUCACAUAGAAUAAAAAAUAAAUGUGCUACAUUUAAUACGAAUUAUUUUUCUUUUGUCAAAUUAAGGAAAUUAAAAAUUUUUAACAAUGAUGUUCAUAAGGAUAAAUUUUUAGGAAAUGAUAAAAAGGAAGAAGAGGACAAAGAGAGUGAUAAGAAUGGGAGUGUAAAACAUGUAAAACGGGAUCCUUAUGGAAGUGGAAAAAUUAAAAAAAGUGUAAUUAGUAACAAGAUUGAACCGAAUGAACAAGAUGAAAAAUGGAAAAGAUAUCUGCAGGACAAACGAAGGAAAGAAAUACUAAAAGAUUUAGGAAAUAAAAUGAAGAGAAAAAAUAAAAUAAUAGGAAAAGGAUAUGUAAGACAGGGUACACCAAGUACUGGUGAUCAUACGGGUAUAGUAGGAGUACAUCAAGAUGUAACAAAAACUAGAAAAGCAAAGGAUGAAAAAGAGUACAAAGCAGCGGACGAGGAAAUGGAUGCAUAUGGAGAUAAACAUGAGGAAGAUGAUGAAGUUGAAAAUGACAACUUGGACGAGGAUUAUGACGACGAUGACGAUUACGACGACGAUGAGGAUGAAGAUGAUGAUGAUGAUGAUGAGGAUGAUGAGGAUGAUGAGGAUGAAGACAACCAUUUUGAUUACUUCAACGACAGGAGUUAUUCCGGUCAAUCGGGUCAAUUGGGCCACUCGAGACAGUCAAGGGAAAGCCUUUUUACGAAUUAUGGAAAAAACGAAAAUAAGGAUAACGGUAUACAUUACGAUGGUAGGAGAGAGAACUUUUCUUCAGGCCCCUCAUCCUCAUCAGGUUCAUCAUUUAACGAAAGCAUAAACAAUAUUUUUACUUCAAGAAAAACGAAAGAUUACCCAUUAUUUUUCCCCUUAAAUAAUAAAUCAUUUGAAAACAGUAACAACAAAUAUUUCGAUAAGAUAUGUAGUAUACCCCCGAAUGAAUUGAUUAACCGCUUUUUUGAAAAUACGUCAGAAAGAGUUAAAGAUGCUGUAAAAAAUAUAAUAUUUAAUAUUAUAGGAAAUAUUCAAAAGUACACUAUUGAAACUUCUAUUUUAAUUACAUAUGAUAAAUUGUAUAAUUUCCUUUUACAAAUUAUCUUAACAGGAUAUAUGAUAAAAAAUGCUGAUUAUAGAUUAAGUUUAAAUGAGUCUCUUUAUGACCAAAAUAAUAUUAUAAAUAAAAAAGAAGAAGACAUUUAUAAUCUCAAAAAAUCCUUUUAUUCCUUAUUUGCUGAUAGCUAUAAAAAAAAUAGAGAAGAAACAUUAAAUUCAAGUGAAGUAAAUAGUAAAAACAGUUAUACUCAUCAUGUAAGUGGUCAAGAGAUGGAUGUAAAGGGCAUGCCUCAACGUGAUAGCAGUGAAAGGGAAACUUCUCUUUACUAUAAUAAGGACUCCUCCGAUGGGAGUACCAGCACGUAUGACGAAGCGAGUGGAACACAUGGCCAGGCUAAAACUACAAUUAAUUUAAACAAUCAAUAUUACACAAAAUGUAAGAAAAUGGAGAAUGAUGAUUUUCCUAUAAUCAAUACAAAAAACUAUAUAAAUUUUUUAAGAAAAAAAGUUAACUCUUUAGAAAACCAGUUGAAAAUGUUAAAAGAAAAUAAAAAUGUUUUAAGUGAUGAUUUGCUUUCAUAUAUCAAGUCUCUAACUGAUAUUCAACUACGCUCAUUAACAGAUAAUAUAGGAGCAUUAGUAUUAGAUGCUACAAAAAAAAUUGUAGAAUUAGUAAUUCAAGGUAUGACAUUAAAUAUUAAUAAAAAUUUAUCUAACGAACUUAUAUAUAUUAGUGGUUCAGUAUUAACUUACAUUUGUUUCUGGCAAUUAAUUAUUGGCUAUACAUUGCGAGAAAUGGAAAUAAGAGAUGAACUCUCCGACUACCUAAAGGGAAAUUAA